AUGAAUUCAUCUUCAUUCAACCUCAUCACUGAUGACUAUAUUAGAGCUGCACCUGAUACUCAACUUUCGUCUUCCGAAACUCAUCUUCUUCACAAUCUACUUUCACAAGAAGAUCAACUUCAUUACAAUCAAACUAUCAAUAUUCAACUUUCUGAUCACAUUGUACAUAUACUAAAUCAUUUAUCUUCACUUCUCUAUCUUGAUUCAUCUACAAUAUGGAUGACUACUAUCUUACUCAAAAAACUCACUCUUCAACAAUAUUCUAUUGAUUUAUUAACUAUCAUUGCUUCUACCACACUUUCACACAAAUAUCAACAUUCACAAGCACAAGAUAUCGAUUAUGAUCUUAUUGCUCAAUAUUUCCAUAUUCAAAAUAUCCAACUUAUUCAUGAUACUGAAAUUGAACUUCUUGACAUAUUCUCAUAUGAUAUUUGUGAAACAACACCACAUCAUUUCUUUUCAUAUUUAACAAAUCUCUCGAAUACAAAUGAUGAUGAAAAUCUUAAACAAACUAUUGAACAAGCUCGAUCAUUAUUAUCAACUAUCUCACAUCAAACAUUUCAUCUUCUUCACAAAUAUCCAUCGAGUAUUGUUGCACUUUCUCUUAUCUCUAAUAUCACAUCAAAUACUUUCAUUAUUGAACAAAUCAAAAGUUUUCUUCUUCAGAAAAAAGAUCCACAACAUUAUAUUGUAAGUGAACAACUCUCCUUUAUUUUCAUGUUCUUAUUCUUAUUCUUUAUAGAUACAACUACGAGAAUGUAUAUUUCAACUUCAAAGUUAUACUUCAUAAACUAUGACAACAUCAAGUGUUUGUUAUUUCUUGGCAUAUAUAAUACACACACCGACCAUUGCCUCUCUUUCUCUCUGACUCUUGAAAAUACAGUGAUUUAUGAAGAUAUCGAAUUGCGUAUUUGAUGCCGACA